GAACGGAGCGACGCCCAAUCAGCUGUGCCCUGUUGCCCAUUAGUUAUCGGGCCUCUGGUGGGCUGCUUCGAAUCUUCUUUUCAUCUCUUCCUCCCACCACCCCUCUCCACUCCACUCAAUCCUUCACAACCUCGCCCACAAUGCAGAAGUUCUCGAGGCUCGGCCGCAUUGGCCAGAGCCUUGGAAAGAGGCAAUUGGCUACUGUCAGCGAUGCUCCGCUCUCCCGCAAGGUCGAGAUGACCAACUGGGAGAAGGGCCACUUCAUCAACUACAAGAAGAUGAGCGAGAACCUCAGCAUUGUACGCCAGCGCCUCAACCGCCCGCUCACUUACGCCGAGAAGAUUCUUUACUCCCACUUGGACGACCCCCACGGCCAGGAAAUUGAGCGUGGCACGAGCUACCUCAAGCUCCGACCCGACCGAGUUGCUUGCCAGGAUGCCACUGCCCAGAUGGCUAUUCUUCAAUUCAUGUCGGCAGGCAUGCCCUCGGUUGCUACCCCGACCACUGUGCACUGUGACCAUCUUAUCGAGGCACAGGUUGGUGGUGAGAAGGAUUUGGCUCGUGCCAAUGAGAUCAACAAGGAAGUGUACGACUUCUUGUCUACAUCUUGCGCCAAGUACAAUAUUGGUUUCUGGAGGCCCGGUUCUGGUAUCAUUCACCAGAUCAUUCUAGAGAAUUAUGCGUUCCCUGGUGGUCUUAUGAUCGGUACCGACUCCCACACUCCCAAUGCUGGUGGUCUUGGUAUGGCCGCCAUCGGUGUCGGUGGAGCCGAUGCUGUUGACGUCAUGGCAAAUCUUCCUUGGGAAUUGAAGGCGCCCAAGGUAAUUGGUGUUAAACUCACUGGCCAGCUUUCUGGCUGGACAUCUCCUAAAGAUAUCAUCCUGAAGGUCGCCGGCAUUCUCACCGUGAAAGGUGGGACUGGUGCUAUCGUCGAAUAUCAUGGUCCCGGCACUGAGGCUCUUUCUUGUACGGGCAUGGGCACCAUCUGUAACAUGGGUGCCGAAAUCGGUGCUACCACCUCCCUGUUCCCCUUCAACGACCGUAUGUACGACUACCUCGCGGCCACUAAACGAUCGGAAAUCGGCGACUUUUCUCGUGAGUACGCUAAGGAGCUCCGCGAGGACGAGGGCGCCGAGUAUGACCAGCUCAUUGAGAUCAACCUCUCUGAGCUGGAGCCUCACAUAAACGGUCCUUUCACUCCCGAUCUCGCCACCCCGAUUAGCAAAUUUAAAGAUGCGGUCAAGGCCAAUAAGUGGCCAGAAGAGCUCAAGGUCGGUCUUAUUGGCUCCUGCACCAACUCUUCAUAUGAGGACAUGACUCGCGCUGCUUCCAUUGCCGAGGAUGCCAUGGCUCACGGCAUCAAGGCCAAGGCUCUCUUCACUGUUACUCCUGGUUCAGAGCAGAUCCGCGCCACCAUCGAGCGCGAUGGACAGUUGAAGACCUUUGAAGAAUUCGGUGGUAUGGUCCUUGCCAACGCUUGCGGUCCUUGCAUUGGCCAAUGGGAUCGCCGAGAUGUGAAGAAGGGCGAGCCCAACUCUAUCAUCUCUUCCUACAAUCGUAACUUCACCGGCCGUAACGAUGCUAACCCCGCCACCCACUCCUUCGUCACCUCUCCCGAUCUAGUUGUGGCUAUGACCAUCGCUGGUACACUGAACUUCAACCCCUUGACUGAUACACUCAAGGACAAGGAUGGCAAAGAGUUCAAAUUGUCGCCUCCAACAGGCGCCGGCCUACCCGCCAACGGCUACGACCCAGGACGAGACACCUACCAAGCUCCUCCAGAGGAUCGUAGCUCCGUCUCUGUUGCUGUUUCUCCCACUUCUGACCGUCUCCAAAUCCUUGAACCAUUCAAACCUUGGGAUGGAAAGGAUGCUAAGGAUCUCCCAAUUCUCAUCAAGGCCCAAGGCAAGACCACCACCGAUCACAUCUCAAUGGCUGGCCCGUGGUUGAAGUACCGUGGACAUCUAGACAACAUCUCCAAUAACAUGCUUAUCGGUGCGAUCAACUCCGAGAACGGUGAAGCUAAUAAGGUCAAGAACAUUCUGACCGGCGAGUACGACGCUGUCCCAGCUGUUGCUCGUGAUUAUAAGAAGAACGGAAUCCAAUGGGUCGUUAUCGGUGACUGGAACUACGGCGAGGGUAGCUCUCGUGAGCACGCUGCUUUGGAGCCGAGGCAUUUGGGUGGACUUGCCAUCAUCACUCGAUCGUUCGCACGUAUCCACGAGACCAAUCUGAAGAAGCAAGGCAUGCUCCCUCUCACUUUCUCCGACCCUGCCGAUUACGACAAGAUUGGGCCGAAUGACAAGGUUGACCUCUUAUGCACCGAGCUCGCUGUCGGCAAGCCCGUGACCCUUGUGGUCCACCCUGCCGAUGGCGGCAAGCCAUUUGAAGUGAAGCUUUCCCAGACCUUCAAUGAGGGUCAGAUUGAGUGGUUCAAGAAUGGCAGCGCUCUCAACACAAUGGCGAAGAAGCACUCAUAAAUGGCACGAUUUAGGUUCAGGGCGGAAUAAUUACGAUCAUGACUGGGGUGGUACAUGCAGAAGAACGACAAGACCCAGAUUAACACAAACACAAGCAUAAACAGGAUGAUGACGACGGACGGGAUAUCGGGUUUUGGGGAGGAUAAUUGGGAAUUUUUGGAGAGUCUUUAGACUCAAGCAGCAGUUGGCACAGCAAGCUCUUCCUUUUAUGACUCUCAUCCUGACUCACUUAGACUGGGUCUGGCUUGUAACUUGUGUAUGGUGUUUAGCAUGCAAUGUAUUCAUUGAUUUUUCCA